UGACUUGUCAAACUUGAGCUCACAAACGAAGCAUGUUAUGUCUCUUAUUCAUCCUGCUAAUACUUACAUGGACCUGAAUAUUGGAAUAGCUUUAUGGCUGGCUGCUGGUGGUGAUGGCUGGGUGUAUGAAGAAAGAGAGAAUGAAAACGAUGAGGAUCUUCAACUUCCUAAUUACAAGAGCCAUGCCAGAAUCGUCCUCGUUGGUUCUGGUGCUGAUGAGCAGUGUGCCGGUUAUGGCAGACAUAAAACAAAAUAUAAACAUGGAAGGUUCAUGAAAUAUCAAUGGUCUCAGCUAUUCAGGAAGCACAGAAGUACAAUGUUAGAAGUUUUAAUGAUUAUAUGUUGAAAGUAUUGGAGGUUGUAACUCGCAACUCAAUUAUAGAAUAUUCCAAAUUGCUAUCUCCACUUUUUCCAGCCCUGGUUUCUAAUGGGUGCUUUGCUGUCUGACAGGAUGAUUGGCAAGGAAAAGCAUGAUUUUCUUCACAGCUUAAGCCGGAUAUCAUUAUUAGCCAAGACUAACAUCGUUGAUUCAGGCCGUGGAGGUGCUCGUCUCCCCCAAAUAGCCUCAACAGUUUCAAGCCCUCAAGUUUCAUCUGGUCCUUCUGACAUGGAGAUUGUAGCUUUAGCUGUAGCAGACAAGUCGAUUCUUGAGAAAAAAGCUUCUAUUGUGGUGUUGUGAAGGACCUUAACAGUGCCAGAGAGCAUGGCUUGCCAUUUAAAGUAAUGAAAGUUUGGUUUUAUUUAUCUUUAAUAGUUAUCGCUGCUCAUUAAAUCUUUUUGUUUACUAGGCAUUGAAUUUGUGCUGGGACAGUUCUAAGAUUCUAACAUAGAAGCACAUCUUGAUCACAGUUUAUUGUUAUUUGCCUGCCAGCUGCCAUCGUUAGCAUAUGUAUUUGAGAAACUUACCGUUAGUCAUUAUUUGUACUUCUUGUUC